AUGGAAAGCUGGACGUUCGACCUGCGACCUAAGGUCGCAGCAGACAAGAAGUCGGGUAACAGAAAGAGCGAUGGAAACAAAUCGGUAGAAAGCAGGAAUGCGCUCGAUGUUGGCUCCAGAGGAGUCGCCGCGCUAAGACGCUCUCAGGAUGGUCGACUGCAAUGGAAGUUUGCAGCUGAACCUGCAGCUCAAGAAGAGCGGUGGUCAACCGACACUGCAUCUGUGGUCAAAGUCUUUCCAUCUACGGCUCCACCGGUCUCGACUGCCCCUGGACUUACUGCUCACACUACAGCAGACGAUGCACUCCAAUUCAUGUAUUCGCACUAUCCAGACGUCAUGGGCUUCCCGACGGACCUGCUCGAGAAUGCGAUCACAGCAGACCGAAAGGUCCUUUUGAGAAGUCCAUUCGAUGUGUACCGUGGUAACCGAAUGGCCGCUUCUACGACCACGGGGAAGUCCGUAGGAUAUGGGUAUCUAGCGUGGGCGAUGGGAUACAACAUGCAGUCGUUGAGUACGAAGUCUGUCUUUUUCACUAUCGCCUAUCUCAUCCUGGUCAUAGACGUUACGUCCAUACUACACGAAGAAGAGUCAAACGAUCUGACAAUGAUGCCGCACGCUACCCCAGUCAAAACUAUGGACACUCCGAUUCAGCAGGUCGCAUUCAAAGACACUACCGAAGAUGCGGGGAACAACAAUCUGCUUGGAGUGAGAACCAUUUCUGGUACUCACAUCUUCCAAGUCAAUAUUCGAGGGGAGAGGCCAAAUGAUGUAGUAGUCGAGAGCUUGGGGGAGCUAACGUCAGUGCACACGAGUGGGCGCCGACAUGUCGACGUCGCCAUUGCUCCAUCUCCCGACUUGAAUGUCGUGGUGGUAGACGAUGGAGGAACCGUACACCGUUGGUCCACGGAACAGUUGGCUGCAUAUCCGCAGACUGUGGAGGGCAGUUUAGUGCAAGACCGAUUCCAUAAAGUUGCUAUCCUUUCAAAUCCAGAGCAGAUUGUGCUUGCGGGAUGUAAACGCCUACAGCACCUUGAUUUCCGGGCACCCUUGUUUACAUCCUUCUAUGAUAUCCCGGAAGAUGAGAGUGACAUGAUCACAAAUAUUGAAGUCAUGCAUAACCCAGAACUCAUCUGUGUGACCUCAACCAACACAAUUUCUUGGUUAGACACGCGCUUCACUGGGCGGCCUCUUUUGACUUGGAAACAUCGUCGUGCUUGGGAUCGCGGCCUCAUCACGCAGACUAUUGGCAACAGUUCUGAGCGGUUGGUGUUUCUGUGGUCGCGGUCUCAUUCGCUUAUAACGGUUUAUGACCUGCUCCUAUCUCAAGGAAUGAUUGAGACGAAAACGAAUCCUUAUGUCAUCCCAUCCAGUGUAACUCAGGAAGACUGCGCCGGAUUUGCUGUUCUACCUGCCACCGGGCAGCGUUCGGGACUUAUGUUUGACAUGUCCGAGCGAGGCAGCAUACAUACCCGAACUCUGGGAUCUCCCAGCGCCCAAUCAACUCAUGGGGCCGUAAGUGUUCACUGGUUGGAUGACGUGCAGGAGCUGGACGAAGACGCCUUAAAGCUCGCGGAAGACUUAGGGCCCUUCGCUGAACGGUCAAACAUAAUCGUGGACUUACGCGAAGUUUACGAGACCGCAUUAUGUAGACCGGCUCAAUUACCACUUGCGAAGGACGCAUUGCAAGAAGUUGCGCAGGUCUUGCAGAAAAUGCCCACUGUUGUUCAGAGACACGACGUCCCAUUCGAGCACGUUCUGACGGAUUUCGACCUAGCGUUUCUGUCUGUAGAUCACCAUCCUUCUCGCAGACGGUCGGACUUCCUCACGGAAAGUUCCCUCUCACGCGUUCCAGCGCCAGCGGAGUUCCUCUUGGACAAAGUAAAGGACAUGAGCUUGUCCCAGUCAGCUACAUGGUCAUGUUCGCAUGCUGCGUUUAUUAGGCAGACCAACAACGAUGUUGCUGAACAGAUCGAUCCUAUUACCUACCUUUUGAAGGACUCGGUCAUCAAGCAACCUCCCCUAAUACCUCCCGCUAGAGAAUCUGCAGCCGCCAGCAUGUUAGCCCUUGAUCUUGGCCUUUCCGACACCGUCUACUUCAGCGAGGUUCUUCAGUCCCCACAGUCCUCAAGGCGAGAAUAUCAAGAUCUUGAGAGUGCGACUAUGGCCUUGUCGCUCGAGAAUCCAACAUUGCCUGCACCAGUGUUCGGCCACCUACGACCCCGCGAAAGGCCGAGCGUUGAUGAUUUGCAAACGCCACGUUCUCGACUGGACGAACCUUUUGCUUUGCACACGAACUCAAUUAAAGCGAGUCUGGGAGCAAGUCUUCUCUUAAGCGAGUGGUUGCCAGGCUCUGUGCCAGAAGAUUACGAAUACGUCGACCCUUACGGCGUAGCGGAGCAUGAACCGCGCCAGCCUCGUACCCCACGACAGGGCGAUCGUUUUGAUCAUCCGGGUAUUGGAGGAGCCUCCGUCUCUCAAGCCGGACCGGGUGGCCCCCCUGCCAUUGUCGCAGUACCAAGCUCGCAGUCACUUGUCAUUCCAAAUGUUCAGAGUGGAGCAAUAUCCAGCACGCAGCCUUUCCAUUCUCGCAGGGCUUUCCCUAGCUCUCCUCCUCCUGCUCCUUUCUCUCAGCUCGGAUAUCCACGUCUCGCUGCAGCGCUGCCGCCAUCAUCCCAAGACUUGUGGCCGAGUACACAGCAAGUACGUGGUCCAUUUGGUGAGCGCCCAGAGGCGAGACUAGCGAGGAAGAAAGCGGCAAAGAAAAGGAUGGCCGGAUUUUGA